UUGCGUCAAUGUUUUCGAAGGCCCGCGACUAGCCAGUGUGCUAAUCCAACAUUCGGAACGUUGGCGAGGUUUUCGUGAAAAAUUAACCAUUUCAUUCUGGAUUUAAUCAAUUUAUACGUUACCUGAUUCAGGGUCACAUUUACUCUCAGAAUGUCCUUCCCUCCGCAUUUAAACCGGUCACUGUUGCCCCCUCCUGGGAUACCCCCUCAGUAUGCUGGCUUUCCUUCAGGAACACCAAUGAUACCAGUUCAUAUGGGGAUCAUGGCUCCAACUCCUACAGUUAUGGUUCAGUCCAUGGCAGUGGUCAGUAAGCCUGCAGUCCCAAAGAAGGACAUGUCCUCAGUGCGAGCCAAAGAUGAUGAAAACAGCGGGCCCACUACUACUGUGUUUGUAGGGAAUAUAUCAGAGAAAGCUUCAGACAUGCUCAUCAGACAGCUCUUGGCGAAAUGUGGAAUUGUUUUGAGUUGGAAGAGAGUUCAAGGAGCAUCUGGCAAGCUUCAAGCUUUUGGUUUCUGUGAAUACAAGGAGCCAGAGUCCACAUUGCGAGCUCUGCGGCUGCUUCAUGACUUGCAGAUUGGGGAUAAAAACCUGCUAGUGAAGGUGGAUGCCAAAACUAAAUCUCAGCUGGAUGAGUGGAAAGCCAAGAAGAAGACAGCAAAUGGGACCAAGAAGACAGAAGAUGGAGGAGAUGAUGAGGAAGAGGUCCUUGAUGAGGAGACAAAGAAGAAAGAUGAAAUUGUCAAAGGUGCCAUUGAUGGAUUGAUGCGGGAAUAUGCUGCAGAACUUAAUGCACCUUCUCAGGAUGACGAGUCCCAGCGACGGAAGAGAAAAAAAGAAAAGAAAGAAGAGGAUGACAUUAACACUAUUGACAUGGAGGAAGACAAGAGAGACCUGAUUUCCCGAGAGAUUAGUAAAUUUCGUGACACUCACAAGAAACUAGAAGAGGAGAAGGACAAGCGGGAAAAGGAGCGGUUGGAGUUUGAGCGUGAAAGGAGGGAACGAGAAAAGGAGCGAGAACGGGAAAGGGAACGACGGGACCGUGAGCGGGAGAAGGAACGGGAACGGGAAAGGGAGAGGGAGAGAGAGAGGGAGCGAGAACGUGAGAGAGACAGAGACAGAGACAAAGACCGUGAGCGCAGGACCAGAGAGAGGGAGCGAGACUGGGAGAGAGACAGGAGCCACGACAGGAGUGCCGACCGCAGCCGAUCAAGGGAGUUGAGUCGAGACAGAGACAGAGACAGAGAAAAGAAGCGGGAUCAAGAGGAUGAAGAGGAGGCGUAUGAACGUAGGAAGCUGGAGAGAAAACUCAGAGACAAGGAAGCAGCCUAUCAGGAGCGUCUAAAAAACUGGGAACUAAGGGAAAGGAAAAAGGCCCGGGAUUAUGCAAAGGAAACAGAAAGAGAAGAAGAGCGCAGACGAGAAAUGGUGAAAGAAGGCAAACGAUUAAAAGAGUUUCUUGAAGACUACGAUGAUGACAGAGAUGACCCCAAGUAUUACAGGGGCAGUGCACUGCAGAAACGUCUCAGAGACAGAGAGAAGGAGAUGGAGGCAGACGAGCGUGAUAGGAAGAGAGAGAAGGAGGAGCUGGAGGAGAUCAGACAGCGGCUGUUAGACGAGGGACAUCCAGACCCAGACGCAGAACUACGCAGGAUGGAGGAGGAAGAGGAGGAGCGUCUAAGGCAACCUCCCAUUAUCCAAGAGCCAGAACCCGAGGAGCAACGUGAGCGCCACAGGGGUUCACGAGACCAUCGGGAUCGCAGACAGGAGCAGGACAAAGCAGAAUCCCGCCCACGGCCCAAUCACUCUGACGAGGUGGAGGAGGGGGAAGAGGAUGAUUAUGACAACGAUGAAGAUAAUCCUGAGACAAAACCGUGCUUGAAGCCCACAAUGAGGCCCAUCACAACAGCACCUUCGGUGUCAUCAGCCAGUGGAAAUGUGUCUCCCAACACCCCUGGAGAUGAGUCGCCCUGUGGGAUCAUCAUCCCUCAUGAAAACUCGCCCCCUGACGCUCUGCCACAGGAGGAACACAGACCAAAAAUCGGACUCAGUCUCAAACUGGGUGCCACAGGGAGCCCCAGUCAACCCAAUGUAGGCAAGAGGAAGAAGUUUCCAGUGGACAGUGUCUUCGACAAGUUUGACGAUGAGGAGGCUGAUGAACAGCCACGCAAGAGGAAGCUGGUGCCCCUGGAUUAUGAUGAUGAUAAAAGCCUUGGGGUGGAUGGUGCUGGGCUCUCAAGCAUCAAGGGAGCCAAUGCCGAGGAGAAACGGAAACACAUCAAGAGUCUGAUAGAAAAGAUUCCCACAGCAAAACCUGAGCUGUUUUCUUACCCACUAGACUGGUCUAUGGUUGACACGACAUUAAUGGAACGACGUGUUCGGCCCUGGAUCAAUAAAAAGAUAAUUGAGUACAUCGGCGAGGAAGAGCCAACAUUGGUGGACUUUGUUUGCUCAAAGGUGAUGGCUCACAGUAUGCCACAGAGCAUCUUGGAUGACGUUGCCAUGGUCCUUGAUGAAGAAGCUGAAGUCUUCAUAGUGAAGAUGUGGCGGUUACUCAUUUAUGAAACAGAAGCUAAGAAGAUUGGACUGGUGAAAUAAGCAUAAGUCACCGAAUGAAGAUAACCCCUUCCACUUGUGUGUAAUAGUGUAGCGAAAUUAUGUCACCCCAAACAAAGACAGACUAACUACAGUAUCUGCUUACACAUAUUUCCAACUGUUGUUCAGGACAUCCCCCCCCCCCCCACUUCCAACAAACUCCAUCUGCCUUCUUUUUGCAGGUGCUGACUGUUCGUUUUGCUUCUGUGUAUAAUCUGUAUCAUUUGGUUUUGAUGAAAGAAUGUUGAAAGGUAUCUGCUGUUGGACAUGCGCAACCAUUGAGUUGCAGAUGAAGUCUAUUGGUCCUAUUCUUGUAUUUUCUAUACAUGCCAAUUCAGUUUUUUGAGAAGUCUGCAGGGUUGCCACAAGCAACCAGCUACAAUUUGAAGGUGGUUUUCAUAUGUGGACAUGUUUUUUCUUUUUCACUAGGGUAUUUAUUUAUGGUUUGACAACUCAUUUCUGUCAGUUACACCUUUUUUCCCCUCAUAAUCACAUUCCUGAUAGUUCAACAUAUUCUUGACAGACACAAAACCAGAUGCAUUUGUCAUCCGAAAUGUGUCUAUUGACAAGACCACCAAACUCUUGGAUGGCGAUAUGCCUGAAGCUGUAAAGCACACAUUGUAACCACUAGGCAAGAAGCUACGAACGGGAAAAUUUUGAAGUUUUAAAGGCACUCUCCAUUCUAGUUUCUUUUUUUGUAUUUGUGAACAUUUGAUUAAAAUUGUUUUUUUAAUGUUU